UCGUAGUUGACUUCAUUCAUUAUUGGAAUGUUAGCAAUCAAUCUAACCAAAACUCUCCAAUGGCCGCUUCCGAAUUACUCCCUAAGCCGUGGCAAGUGUUCAUCAAUUUCCGUGGAGUAGAAUUACGUAACAAUUUCAUCAGCCAUCUGGAGGAAGCUUUAGCCGUAGCCGGAAUCAACUACUAUAUCGGGCCGAGCGAAGAUCUGAGUGCCUCUUUUGCGAUGAUCAAGCAAUCGGAAAUCGCACUGCCCAUCUUCUCGAGCAAGUACGCUGAAUCAAACUGGUGUUUGGAUGAGCUUGUGAAGAUCACACAACAAUUUAAGAAAGGAAAACUCAGAAUCAUCCCCGUCUUCUUCAAUGUGACACCUGAGGAAGUGAGAGAGCAGAAGGGAGAGUUUGGCCUUAAGCUAUACGGAGGAAGUAGAAGGAAUCAAUCCAAUAUAAAGGAUUGGGAGAACGCUUUGCAGUCUGUUCCAAGCAAAUUUGGCGUAAAUCGGAAGGAAUAUAGGAAUGAGAGGGACUUCGUUAACUCGAUCCUUGGCUCGAUCAAAGAAGUGCUUUCCUCACUACCACCACCUGUAAACAGAGGAACGAGCUACGGUGACACUGAUAAUUCAUCCGGGCCGUCGUUUCAUUUUAACCCUAGAAAUGCGGAUAAAAUAUUUGCUGAGUUCUUUGAAUCUGACAUCGGAGGAGGAGGCAAUGCUUCUAGAACUUUCGCCAACUCUCGAAUGGACGAUGAAGUCAACACACCAAGAACUCAAGAUAGCGCUGAGAUCAGGGAGGAGGAGUUACGCUAUGGAUUUGUCAGUCGUCUCGUCAUGGCCUUAAAAAGUAAUAAAAUUAGAAGCCACCUCGGAAUGAAAAUAGGUUGUCUUUUCAUUCUCUUUUUCUGUCUGCAACAAAUUGCUUAUAGGAGCAUAAGUUUUAUUGAUCGUGGCGGUACCAACCGAAUUGUGAAGUACAUUCCAACAAAGGGAACAGAGAAUCCAAGAGACAAAGAUACUGAAUUUCCCACAUGUAAAGUUGGAGCCAAUCCCAAGACUUCUUCUUCAGAUGCUACGAGGAAUGAUGAUUUCUUUGACAGAACUUGCAACAACUCUCCAAUGAACGUUAAAGUCAAGCCACCGAACAUUCAAGUUUUCAUCAAUUUCCGCGGAGAUCAGCUGCGCAACAAUUUUGUCGGCUAUCUAGUGGAUGCACUUCAGAGAAGAGAGAUCAACGUCUUCAUAGACAAUCAGGAGAAAAGAGGUGAAGACCUUAUCACUCUUUUCCAGAGGAUCGAGGAUUCUGGGAUAGCCAUAGUUGUUUUUUCGAGCAGGUACACGGAAUCAAAAUGGUGCUUGGAAGAGCUUGUGAAGAUUAAAGAACGUGUGCACCAAGGCCUGCUUAAGGUGCUUCCCAUCUUCUACAAGGUGACUCCAACUAAUGUGAAAAGACUUAAAGGAGAGUUUGGUGACCAUUUCAGAGAUAAAGAGUACAUGUACGAGUCUGAUGAACCUAUGAUAAAGCGAUGGAAAGAGGCAAUCUUGUUUGUUUCCCAUAAGUUUGCUCUGACUUUGGAUGAAAAAAGUGUAGCAGCACGUUGGAGAUUAAUUUCGUUGAAACUAUCGUCAAGGAGGUCUUGAAAAUGCUACAAGCAAUAUCCAAAGUGCAAAGCAGCCAAUCCUCUUAAUUGCUAACCUUUUUUGUGUGGAGAAAGCCAACCUGAAGCUCAAUUUCGAUUCUUUAAAUGAUGUUGGGGGUAGUUUUAUUUUGAAAUUACACAUGUCGAUUCCAUGGUUUUGACCGAAUUUACACUUUUAGUAUAGGAAAUCCAAAUGUUAGUAUGAAUAUGUAGUUAUGAACGCAACUCAAAGUUUUGUGUAUAAGUACAAUCGAUAAAAUAACCAAGGUA